AUGACGGAUGGCUUGCUCUUGUCGGUGUCAUCGUACGCCCAGGAUGUCUUGGCCUUUGCCUCCAUGUUCUUGAACAAAUGCGGGUUCCUGUCAGCGGUACCAAGAUCUGCUCCGAUAGGCAUUGCUGCGCAGACCUUCGCAUCCGUGGAGGAGAGGAACGAGAUGAUGCUCCAAAACAGUUUCCUCCGCGAGCGCUUCACCGAGGAGUAUGAAAACAAGCUGUACAAGUGCGGCGUGCGGCUUGCUGUCUUCAACCAAGCCCUGCGGCGGUCGGAGGUGAUGACCAACACUGCCCGGAUGGAUGCCGGGUUUGGGCACUUCAUUACGCCACUCCCUGCCGACGGCCUUGAGAUGGCGGCGCUGUACGGAUCCAAGUCUUUGUGGGCGACCGAUCAAGGCUAUUUCUACUCCAUCGGCCUGAUCCCAGCGACGGUUUGCGCUUCGAAGAAGUUCGUCACUGAGACGAAGAUGCCGUUCUGUGAGGUGAUCAAGGGCGAUCUGGACGAGACCAUGGAGGACUUCCGCUUCUCGAAGAAGAGGGAGGUGACCUUCGCCUACCUGGGCGAUGGGGACGACUUCGGGCUCUUCUUGGAUGGCUACACUCUGGAACGCGUGAUCCUGUGGAAGCGGGUGCCCUUGGUGAUGAAGUUUCAGCGGCACCUGGAUGCCAUUGGCAGGCCGUACACGGUCACCCUCUGCCGGUGCGGUAAAUGGGGGCGACAGGUCGACUUGGCCAUGAAAUACUCAGGCACCAGGAACCCUGAUCAGCUCCAGGCACCCAGGCACCCAGGCUCUCAGGCUCCAAGGCCCAGUAGAGUCGCUGCCGCCAUGAUUCCAGGCACUUUGAGGCAGUGGCUGGACGGCUGGGGGUCCGGCUUUCAGAGUGCCACCGAGGCCAGCAUCGGUGCCACUCAUGCCCGUUUUGGUCUCGGGGCGGCCAAACUUCCACAAAGAUUGUUGGUGGGAACUGAUUGCAGUGGCAUUGAUGCACCGAUCCAUGGCCUUAGGGAGCUCGGCAUCACGCACCAGCAUUUGUUUGGGAGUGAGGUGGCUGCUGGUCCUCGGUCGGUUAUCGAGGCUAAUACCAAGCCCUCGGUACUGUUCCACAGUGUCCUGGAUGCUGACAAGGCACCGUUCGUUCACCUGUACAUUGCCGGCUUCAGCUGCAAGCCGUUCAGCCUGCUCCACAAUAAGUCAAGGCUCCUCAAGGAAAAACAGGCUCAAAUAUUCUAUGGGGUCGUUGCACGCAUCCAACUUGUGCGGCCCUCGUGCUUCGUGCUGGAGAAUGUGUCAGGCAUCAAGCGUGUUUCUGCAAAGGUUCUGGCGGCACUCAGGUCCACAGGCUAUCAUGUCGAAAUGAUUUUGAUGAACCCUGCCGAGCUACAGGAGCCCAUCCAGAGGCCUAGGUACUACUUCAUCGGGGUCCGGCAAGAUGUGAGCCUCAUCUCGCCAAAGGACAUGUCGUGCUGGCUUCGUGAGGCUUGGGCGGAAGUCCUGGAUGCAGUUGCUUCCGGAGACGCAGUCGAUCUUUUGGAUAGACUGCUACCGGCGAGCCACCCUGCUGUGGCACAGUACCAGGAAAGCCGCAAACGGAAGUGGUCGCAAGCUUCCAACCGUGGGUUCCCAGGCUCCCAGGCUCCAGGCUCCCAUGCUCCAAAGUGGAAAGAAUUGCACAAGAUGUGCAAAGCUUCAAUGCAGCAGGGCAGCCGGUUGAAGAGUGAGAGUCGGAGGCCUUGCACUGAGAGCGGAGUCGCCUGCUGCGCAGACACGUUGUUCCUGCAUUUGCCGCGUGAGCGUGAUGCCUGGGACAUCAUUUGCACAAAGCAUGCAGGCAGUAAGGAGCUUGUCGCGGAUGUAUCCCAGAAUGUGAACCGAGCCCGGGUGCGGACCGAUGGCUCCCUGCCUACUGUUACACCUGGGGCCGUACUGGUAUCCGCACGAGCUGGAAGGAUCAUUAGCCCGCUUGAAAAAGUCAUGCUGCACGGUUUUCCAAUUCACCGUAUGGUUUUUCCCAGCAAAGUGACCGACAAGGAGCUCGCCAGCAUGGGCGGCAACACGAUGCAUGUGCAGAUUGUGGCCGUGGCAAUGAAGUUUGCGCUUGCGUUGGUAAACUGGAGCCUGCCCAAAGCUUCCCGGCCGACAGCCUUGUGCAGCACCGUUGCUGCGCCAAGCAUAACUGCUUCAGUUGUGCUCGGCGCAGCAGCUCCCAAGGCGCGAAAGGCUGCAUCGGCGCAGAAGCCUCCAAAGGCACCAAAGGCUCCAAAGGCUCAGAAGGCUGAAGGCAUGUCAGCUUUGGCAAAGCGUUGGCAGAAAGUCUUGAGACCGCAGGCAGCAAAGAAGUGCUCGAGGAAGGGUGCCACGGCCACAUUGGCGAUUUCAAUGCCAGUGGGUAGCCGCACCCUGCGUGGUCUUGCCGCUCGGUUCGGACUACGCUCCCGGAAGCAGGACCGGACGCCGACAAAAAAAAGACGAGGUCCACAAGGAUCCGUGCCUGCGGCCCCGAAGAAGCUUCGGCUCGAGUCCGGCGAAGGCCUGGCUCAGGAGGGCGACGACGACACCGGAGGCGAUUGGGGCAUCGGCUGUCACUUUUGUGCACACUUGAUGAAUGUUUUGGCACAGAACCCAGCAGAGCGGAAGAGGCUGGGCAGUCGCCUCUCUACCAAGUGGGGUGCCUAUGAGGUGGCCACGAAUGUUUACCUAGCUCCUGACACGCCGAUCUCACAGUGCUUGCCUUACAGCAUCAAGCAUCAGCACCUCUUCUCCGGCAACGUUCCUCAGCCGGCAGAUUGGCUGCGAGCGUGGCGGGCGUGUCUCAAGAACAUGAUUCUUGUUAUGCACUGGGCUGUCAAGAGUGUUCGCAAGCAGCGUCUCGAACAAGCCACCAGCAUCUUCUUGUCCGUGGACGACCGCAAGGAGUAUCGUUUGGUGAGGUACCGUUGCGAUGUUCCACCGCGCACUGCCAAGCAGUCAGCGGCUCCAGGCUCCCAAGGUCCCCAAGGCUCCCAAGGCUCCCAAGGCUCGGAGGAUGGCCCGCUUGUCGCCGAUGGCUUGCUUGGGGUCUACAAGACAGGUGCCAGUGUUCCUGAAAACACAUUGGAGGAGAACGAUGCGGACAAGAGUCAGGUGAUGGCAGACAGCAUAGGCAUAGUCAUUGACAGGGAGAGAAACACGGUCGAGAUUCGCUCCCGAGCAGAGCGCGCCUUGCAAAACAUGAAUGCAGCAGCCCUCAUGCGCUGUGGACUCACUUGCGACUACACAUCUGAGUGCCUGGGUUUCUUGCGCAGGACCUUUGACAUUGAGGAUCCAGAUGUAUCCUGCACCCCCAGAGUGCUGGAAGAGUUCACCAAGCGCCAGCGGUUCUUAUUUGUGGAUGGAUACAUCCUCUCCGACAGCUCGCAGGUUCCCAGUUCCGUGGACGGCUCCGAGGCUCCAGGCUCCCAGGCUCCCAGGAGGUGUGCAACCCAGUUAGUUUACGAGGAGAUCCAGACACCAGAGCCGAUCUUCUAUGGCAACAGAGUCCACUACCUGUGCACGAAGGCCGGCAUUUCUGAUGUAAGGCAGAUCAUGGGAACUAUGGCGCACGUGGUCGAGGCGAUGCUGGAGCGUUUGCGAGUAGAUCUGACGGAGGAUGAGAUCGCCGUGGCUCUGCAGGUAUUCAACCUUCGGCUGUGGCAGGAGACGAACCGACAACAGGAGCUAGUGGACUCUACACGCAAGCUCUGUGAUAUGCUCAAGCUUUCGCACGGGGAGAUUGCGAAGAGUCGCAAUCUUGCUUCAGAGAAAGUCAAGGCACUCGGGCACCCUGGCCUGUCCGACACCUUUUGGACAUUUGCAAAGACUGUCCAGCUGCUCAAGGUCGAAAAAGUCCAGGAUGGUGAGGAACAGAACUUGAGGUACAACAACACCUUGUACAACAAGGCCUUACACCAGGCUGCCACAGCAGCUGUUGCAGUGCUGCGGGGUCCAUCCGGUCCCGUGGAGAAGGCUGCCCGGAGAUUGGAGCUGGAAUUUGGGCGGGGCAUCUUGAGCAGUCAGUACUCGAAGUUGAGCAAGCUGUUAUCGCUGACCAACAAGCUCGCAUCUGCUACCAGAAACGCUGUAGACCUGACGGCCUGGAUGAUCGACUCCUUGACGCUGGCCCUGCGCAUGAACAUGGUCACGCCAGCUAAAUGCACCGAGAAGUUUCUGGAUCGAGACCGGAAGACAGGCGAUGCUGGCUUUUGGUUGUCGCGCAUGCUGGUGGUGCAGGUCUUCGAUUAUGCAGCAAAGCUGGCGAACAAGUUGCCUGAGCCGGACAAGGUUAAGCUGACAGGGAUUUUGGCUGAACUCCGUUGCCCUUCCACAUGUUGGGAGAAAUAUCUCUGCCAUGCUGAUGCUGAUCAAGGGGCUGCUGGAGAGGACGACAUGGACGGCGAGGACCCAGAGGACGUGGAGCGCCCUGUUCCGCAGUCCAAGAUUGGAGCUGUUAAAGAGGGUUUCAACAAAGCCAUUGGCAUGCUUUUGGAUUUGCUGCUGGAGCUGAUGUCGGGGAAGUACUACAAGGAUUGCUGCAUGCUGGCUUCGAGUGAAGAUGGCCUUGCAAAGGCAUUGACAGCUGCACAGCUUGGAAGCUCGGAUGACACGGAGCACGAGGAGCCAUGUGCGCUUAUCACUCAGAUGAAGAUCAUUGUCGACAAGUUCGACAACAGCACGAAGUCCGUUGGUGCCACAUCUGCGGCUCCUGCUCCGAGUUUGCUCCAAAGCCUGGCCAAGGCUUCUGAAGCUGACACACCCGAGGAAUGUGUCGAGCGUGAGCGGCAGUGGAAGGCGGUGCAAACGGAACGCCGCAAGUUCGUGUCGUUCUCGGUACCGAACAAGAUCUCGAAGGACUGCCUAGUCAAUGCGUUCAGAGGUUGCGGCAAGGUCUUCACGCACAAGGGCACCUUAAACUCUUCGCACCGCCUGAUCGUUGCCAGUGCGGAUCUCUUGGCAGAGGCUGGUACCGACCCGUGGCUCAAGGGCACUCCGCCAAGCGAGGAAUGGAAAGAGAUCUGUGCCUUUGCCAAAGACAUUUCUGGGCCCGAGGAUUUCGUUGUACUCUUCGACGGCAGAAUGCGGGAAAUUCGCCGCGUGUCCGAAGACCUCCUGCUGAACCAGCAGCACACCGAGGAGUGCACCAUCGUGUACUCAGGUGGGUGCCCGCCGAGAACUGGUCGCACUCGCCGCGUUCCGCUGGCUGCAAAGAAGGUGGAGACAGGAGCGGUUAAGUUCCCGGUCGCACGCACCAAGAUUCAGACGACGAAGAAAGGCUCCUUCACAGUCUGCGGCGAGGCUUCUACGUACCAAGGCACUUACUCAGGCGUGGAGUACCGUGCGGUUUCUGAAAUGCCCCUCGUGUCUGCAGACACCAAGAAGAAGAUCAUUGCUCCGGCAACAACCGGCGACCUCCCGACACCGCCAGAGGACUGGCAGGAUCGCCACGGCUCCGACGUACCCUUGUUCUGGAACGAGUCGAAGCCGAUAGCAUAUUGGAAUGCCAUCAUUGAGGAGUUUUGCGCGGAGGCAGUGUUUGACCUCACGGCUGGCACCGGUGCUCUGAUGGAGGCUUCUUUGACUGCCGGCAUCGCAUACCACGGGCUUUGCAGCCUCAACAAGGAGCACAUGUCGUGGGUCCAGGCGGUUGCUGAUCGCGCAGCUUGCGGAAUGAUGGCUUUGGAGGGAUCCACUCUUUACUCGGACGAGAAUGCCAAGGCGGUGAAGAAGCAUUUCCCGCACGUUCUGGAGAGCUUGUCCAACCAAGACGACCAGGACGAGGCCUACCAGACGCCUCUGGGGCAAAACCAGUCUCAAGACGGCUUCUCGUCGGAUGCCCCGGGGAGCUUGCGGAAGCAGGCUGUGAAAGACGGCUUGGUCCCCAAGGCUCGAAGGGCCUUCGUCAUCUGGUUCCAGGAAAACUCCGAAGUCAAGAAAGGCGCUCCCAAGCACGAGUUUCUCAAUGAGAUGAAGCAUCUUGGCGCAGUCUGGCAGGGCAUGACCGACAAGCAGAAGGCACCAUUCAUGGCGAGGAGCAAAGAUGAGUUCAUGGCUCAGCGAAGUGCACUGGCCGUUCUUGGCAUCAGGAUGCGGGGCUCCACGACCAGUGCGGGCGGCCCCGACGAGGCGAAGGACCCCCCUGCCGCUGACGAAUCUGGCGGUCGCGUUGGCCCAUUUGAGCUUAAUGGUGCAAGGGCUCCAAUUGGAGGCGGAGCCUAUGGCAGUGUCUACAGUUGCCAGCAUCCGCAAAGCGGCCUUAACGUGGCGGUGAAGGUUUAUCGUGGCUCCGAUGGCCCCGCGGAUUGCAGGCACGAAGUGGAGCAGAUGAAGCUUCUAAUGAAGGCCGUUCCGCAGCAGAAGAUGAUGUGGUUCCCGCUUCUUGUCAGCUCGGGUGUCACGGGCAGACCUUGGCCAUGGAUGGCUACUAGCCUAUGUGGGCCCAGCCUGGCAACCGCACUUCGAAAUCCUGCGGCGCAUGGCAAGCCGAGGACGUGGUCUGUGGCAGCUCAGCUGAGAAGUGCACUGCAGACCUUGCAUGACGCAGGCAUCCUACACUUGGAUGUGAAACCUGGCAAUGUUCUUUGGUGCCCUUGCACAGAUCAGGUGCAGGUGUGCGACUUCGGCAUGAGUGAGAACAUGGCACGGCUCCAGAAGGCUUCUCAGGCUCCCAGGUUCCUGCAGUAUGUCACGGCUGCCUAUCGACCUCCGGAGCUGUGGCCCGCUCGUGUGAAUGGCGAUGGAGACUGCGGUGUCAGAAAGCAGCUGCUGACUGCAGCUGUGGAUAUGUGGGCCUAUGCUUGCGUGGUGUUUGAGGUGGAGACCGGGAAUCCCUUCAUGCCCAAGGGGGAGGCCGGACUGAGAGCGUGGUGCAAGCAGUGGCCCGAGCUGUGGAAAACACGCAGCGACUUAGCCAAUUGCCCCGCUGCAAGUCACACGUGCUGCACAAAGGUGCUUCGAGCCGGUAAAUGGGGGCUGUUUGUGUUGGUCGGCUGUGCUCCAGACCCCGGAAAGCGGCGGUGGCCGGAGCUCUGUCUGAAUCAGAAAUGA